GGCCACCCUUCCUCUCCUCUUCUCCUCCGUCGGCGGAGAAAAUGUAUUGGGCGGCGGCGGCGGCGGCGGCGAGAAAGCUCCGAAGAAUCCCCCAGUCGCGCGCUCCACCAGUCUCAGUCUCGGACGAUGGUCUUCUCUACCGCCCUGGCUUCAGCUCCUACGGAAGCGCCGCCAGUUUCCGCGAGAGGUCGCUGGUUCGGAGGGUCGUGUCGAUAGGGGCUAUCAGCCUCGCUGGCGGCCUCGCGCUUAGCGCCGUCAACGACCUCGCCAUCUUCCAUGGAUGCACAACUAAGGCAAUUGUGAAGGCUACUGAAAACCCAAAGAUUAUGGAAGCAAUUGGGGUGCCUAUAGCUAGAGGACCAUGGUAUGAUGCUUCUCUUGCCGUGGGUCAACGACGGAGAUCUGUUUCAUGCACAUUCCCUGUAUCUGGUCCACACGGGUCAGGAUUUUUGCAAAUUAAGGCAAUCCGAAAUGGAGAGGAUGGUCUGCUUUCCUUUUUGCGUCAUCAUGACUGGGAGAUACUUACCAUGGAGGCUCAUUUGCAUGUACCUUCAGAUCAUGACAAGCAGAAGACACUAGUUAAGGUGAAUCUUGAUAGUUGCAAUCCUCCCAGUGCUAGUGGGGAAUAUGAACAGCCUGAGAGUGAGAGUUAAGCUGCCAUGUUCUCAGAUCAGCGGCAUCUGAAUGCUACCUUUGUGGCCUCAGUUGUAAAGAAGAUCUUGGGUAAGCUAGUGUCUGGUCAAUCGUUGUGAUAUGUACUGAAGUCAAUGUGUUACCGAGUUCAGAGGGAGGGUAAUGCAGCAAACAAGAUUUGUCGACAAGGCCUGAGUGUUUUUUUUUUUUAAACCAUGAGAAGGAGCACUGCUCUUUCACUUAA